AAAAAUAUACUUUUAACUCUUUGUUCAUUUUUUUUUUUUUUUUUUUUUUGCUGCUACUAUGAUAUUGUUUUUCCCAAUGAAAUUCCAGAAAAAUAGGUUCUUGAAAAACUGUGUUUGCUUUUUACAUAAAAAGAAACUUAAAGUUCCAUGAAAAUAGGGCCUUGAAAAUCUCUUUCUUGUUUCUUGGUCUUUAUUAUAUAUAAGAAGAAUUUUGACACCCCAUAUAGAAAAAAUAAGUUCUUUUGCUUGUUUAUCCAAUGUUUAUCUGUUAAAAUUCAAAAAAUAAAAUAAAAUAAAAAACACAGACACACACAGAUAGAUACAGAAAAAAGAUUGAGAAAUCUGCAUGCAUUUGUGUGUGUUUGUGCUGUGAUUUUUGGUUGUUUCAACUUUUUCUUGAAGAUCAGUUUUCUUGCAGUUGUGGGGUUUGGGUCAAUUAGCCUUGAAUUCUAUAAGAAACUGGUGUUUAUUCAAGGAACUUGUUGAGGCUACUCUAAGAGAAAUUAGGGAGGAAUAAAAAUUUGCUGUUUUUCCUGGAGGUUUGGAAUCGAAAUGAGGAAAGUUCUGCAAUCUGUGAGGCAAAUUAGAUCCGCUCUGCAGUAUAGAAAUGAUAAUGUGCUUAAUAGUCUUGUAAGAAGACAAAACUUUUCGACUGAUAUAAGACGUGGCUGUAUAUGCAAACUGUCCUAUAAUGAUGGUGUUACUAGACAUUGCCAACCAUAUAACAUGUCAUUCAGAGCCAUGUUUGCUGAUGUAGCUACAAUUAGGAAUGGAGUGGAGACCAAAGGCGGGCCUCUAGUGGAAUAUGAACGAAGAAUUGCCGAAGGUGAGCUCUUGGAUGGAGAUGCUUGCCAGGUAGGCACAUUGCAAGAGCUCCAAAGACUUUAUGAUCAGCUCAUUGAAAAAGCUGAAGAUUGCCGGUUAGACAAAUAUGCCUCUUCUGAUAAAGCCAGCAGGAGUAGAUGGUUAUGGUCCCGUCUCUUACCACAGUCAUCAUAUUCCCCUGUCAAAGGAUUAUAUCUUUAUGGGGGAGUUGGGACAGGCAAAACAAUGUUAAUGGAUCUGUUUUACGACCAGUUGCCUGGCAGUUGGAGGAAAAAGAGAAUCCAUUUCCAUGACUUCAUGCUGAAUGUUCAUAGCCGAUUACAGAAGCACAAGGGUGUGCCAGAUCCUCUAGAAGUUGUGGCAGGAGAGAUAUCCGACGAGGCCAUUUUGUUGUGUCUUGAUGAAUUCAUGGUGACUGAUGUGGCUGAUGCAUUGAUUCUGAACCGCUUGUUUAGGCAGUUAUUCAGCAACGGUGCUAUUCUUGUUGCUACUUCAAACCGUGCUCCCGAUAACCUUUAUGAGCGUGGACUGCAGAGGGAUCUUUUCCUUCCUUUUAUAGCUACUGUAAAGGAAAGAUGCGUCGUACGUGAAAUUGGUUCAGCAGUGGACUACAGGAAGUUGACUUCGGCCGAACAAGGCUUCUACUUUAUUGGAAAAGAUCUCUCGAGUGUUCUUAGAAAGCAAUUCCAAAUGCUAAUAGGGGAUGCUCAACCAGUUCCACAAGAGGUCGAAGUUGUCAUGGGAAGGAAAUUACAGGUUCCAUUGGGUGCUAAUGGAUGUGCAUUAUUUUCAUUUGAGGAACUCUGUGAUAGGCCUCUUGGUGCGGCAGACUAUUUUGGACUAUUCAAAAACUUUCAUACGCUGGCUCUGGAAGGUGUACCGAUUUUUGGGCUUCACAAUAAAACUGCAGCAUACCGUUUUGUGACGUUGGUUGAUGUAAUGUAUGAAAAUAGAGCUAGACUUUUAUGCACGGCUGAGGGAUCUCCCAUCGAACUUUUUGAAAGGAUCGUGACAAUAUCCGACGCCCAAAACAUGGCACCUAGAACAUCUUCAAGGUCAAGGAAGAACGAUGAUUUUGACCUUUGUGUGGACAACGAGUUAGGUUUUGCAAAAGAUCGCACCAUUAGUAGGUUGACAGAGAUGAAUAGCAGAGAGUACUUGGAACAACAUGCUGAAAUGUUAGCCAAGAAGCAGCAGCAUCCACAGGAAAAUUGCGCUGCAAAAAUAGAGGCGUAAUUGUUAGGACUUCCAUACAUUUUUCCCAACUCAAGGGAUCAAUUCUUGUCUGUAAAAUUGUGCAAUAGCAUCAUAAGGAAAAAAGUGUAGGUUGAUUAAAGUUUAGGCUGGAAAUGAGAUCCAGAAGUGUGAUAUAUUGUAGUGAUGAUUUAGUUGGAAAUUUGGAUAGAGAAAUAAUAUUAGUUUUUGUGAUUACUUAGAUGAUGAUUAUGCCAAAAUCUUGAAUAAGAAUGGCAUUUAUGAGCAAUUGUUGCUAUUAAAAAUAGUGUUGUACUUCAAAAAUGUCACUUUUUUAGUUGGUAUUAUUUUUAUGUAUCCAGUAUCACAAAGGUCUUGAUAUGCAA